AACUCGAAAAGUCGAAAAGAACGCGAAUGCCCUAUCAUUUUUCAUUACCUUCCCGCCAAACAACCACAAAACCCUAAUUUACUAUUUUCAAUUUCAUUCAUUUGAUGUAAAAGUAAUCCGUAUGUCCGAUGACAAAAAAGAUGAUUAGGUUACUGCUUGGUGUUUUGGAUUCCUCUUAACAGUUUUAAAAUGCGGAAUUGUAUAUUUGGUGCAAGCUAGGGCAAACUGUUAAUUCUUAGGAGUCAUUAAUGGAGGACGAGAAGGAUGCGUUUUACGUUGUCAGGAAGGGGGACAUUGUUGGUGUUUACAAGAGUUUUAGUGAUUUUCAACCUCUGCUAUAUGGUCCCAAUGUUGCUGUGUUCAAAGGUUAUCGAUUGCCUAAGGCUGCUGAGGAUUACCUGGGAUCACAUGGGCUUAACAAUGCAAUAUAUUCUGUUGGUGCCUCUGAUGUGCAAAAUGAUCUUUUUGGCCAACUUAUUCCAUGUCCUUUUCAGCAACCAUAUUCUAUUAAAGACAAAGCUGGUACAAGGAAUUCAUCUGAGAAUAAGAUAAAGAAAAAAGUCGGAUCAACUUCUUUUUCAGAAGCUCCUCAGAGAAAGCUACCUGAAAUCGAAAGCUUUAUGGAGACUCUACCUGUUUCUGCUUAUUGUUGUUCUUGUAUUCUUGAGUUUGAUGGUGCAGCAAAAGGAAACCCUGGACCAGCGGGCGCUGGAGCCGUGCUGCGUGCAAUAGAUGGAAGUCUGGUUUAUCGUUUGCGAGAAGGUCUAGGUGUUGCAACAAACAAUGCUGCUGAGUAUCGUGCAGUUAUUUUAGGACUGAGAUAUGCCCUUGAGAGAGGAUUUAGGCAUAUCCGUGUGCAAGGAGACUCCAAACUUGUUUGUAUGCAGGUGAAUGGUUUGUGGAAAACGAAAACCCAGAACAUGACAAGCUUAUGCAAAGUAGCAAAGGAGCUGAAAGAUAAGUUUGCAUCUUUCCAGAUCUGUCAUGUUGAAAGGGAGUUCAACACUGAAGCUGAUGCUCAAGCGAACCUGGGAGUACAUCUCCAGGCUGGUGAGGUUCAGGAGGAGGGUGAUAUCAGUUCAGGUCCUUUUUCUCUACUCCCCCGACAGCGGUUCUCCAUUGAUUCAGUUUUGAAGAAGAAAAAGCAUCAGAAAUGGCGUCUUUUUCUGCAUCUCCCUCCAUAUCUUGUUUCACAGCUAUCAAACCCAAUAAAAACCCUACUUCCCUGUUGCCCACUUCUAUUUUCUGCUAGCACUUUCUCAUGUUCUUUAUCCAAUCGACUUCGGGUGGCCCGUGUUUGUUUUAGCAUUCCCAAUUCUUACCCUAAUUCAUCGGUAUCCAAGACAAAUUUGUCAAAUUUGAAGAAGAUAAGAUCUGUUGCUGAAGAUACAGUAAUUCCCGAACAACAAGAAGACACCAUCAGCAACCAAGGAGAAGUCGAGGCGACCGUUUCUGUUCCAGUUUCUCCUUCCGAUAUCCUCACCAUGUUCUUUCAGGCCGAGGGAACAAUGAGUGAAGCAGCUAUUCCUUCAGUGACAAGUGCUCUACAGGAGACGGAGGGCAUUUCAAACUUAAAAGUCCAAGUUCUUGAGGGUAUUGCAAGCGUUGAGUUAAAGAAGAAAACAACAGUGCAAGCUACUGGAGUGGCUUCUAAUCUGGUUGAGAUCAUACAAAGUUCUGGAUUCAAGUUACAGGCACUCAAUUUGAGCUUCGAGGAUGACUAUGCCAAUUAAAAUUUCUAUUUCAUUUGUUUAUUUGGAAUCUUUUCCUCAAAGUUGUUGAAAUUUCUCGCUGAUACUAUUUUUAUUUUUCUUUUAUUUGCAUUGAAUUGUGUUCCGGAGUAAUAUAUAGUUAUAUGGAAAUAUUUAGAGAUACCAUUUGACCCACAAUAGGGUGUUCAGUGUUCUGCUAUCA